AUGCAUCCACCCAGAAACCGCCCAAAUUCCGCAUUCCAGCCCUCUCGCGAGUACCUGAUACUAGCACCAUGGAAAAUCUGGGAGUCAGUGGCCGUCAACCUCACCAAUGUCCCCGCAGAAGCGAGCACCCAGGAUCUUUGGAGAGCGUUCAAGAAUGAGGGCGACAUACUUUCGAUUGACAUAUUCGAAGACUUCAAUGGAACCAGAGACCAAAAAGCAAAAAUACGGUUCAGGCCUCCCCCGGAGACCGAUUUUUGGAACAGCAGGACCAGGCGUAUCACACUCCAGAGCGGGGGAGUAGUCAACGUCAAUAUGAGCCUUGACCUCAGGCCUCCGGACUGGAAAGUUCCCAGUCCGGUCCAGAAGGGAAUUAGUUAUCCAGCAGAAGUUAAAAUACCUGUCUCCUCGGUAGACAUCGGAGUCCUAGUUGAUGAGACUACGAUGGUACCAAUGCGCACUGUGAGGUCAUUGACGACGCCGAAUGCCUCCCUGGUGUUGGACUUGAGAAAGAAAAAUCUGGUUGUAUACUUCGAGCUUCAUCCUUUAAGCUCGCCGGUUCCACUGAAAUAUCGCCUCACGAUUCGCUUCUCACAGCUUGAUAGGUUCUUUCAGGCCGAAAAUCUCACAACUGAGGGUGUUUCUCACUUCACUUUCCUCAGCUCUCCGCCUAUAUAUCACCGUCAAAUCAGGCACACGCAAAACACGUUUACAAACGAGACAUCAUGGCGAGAGACAGAUACAUGGUUCAGGCAAGCUCAUAUCGUCCACAACCCACAAGAGCUGGCUACUGUUCCUGUGAACUUACGGAAGUUGAACCCAAUCAUUGACAUUGGUCGUUGGAACGCAUUUCGGAUAAAUUACCCCAAGAACUGCGACGCCGAAGCAAGAUUCAUCUCUUUGUGUGCCAUCCUAGGUGAUUAUAAUAUUAUUUUCGAAGAUACAAAUCGAUUCACCUUGCGUGAAGAACGCCUUGCACCUAUUUGGGAGUGGAUUGACCUCGACCCCAAGGCUUCUGGCACGUCGUCCAGCUCUCUCCACGACCUCUUUGACACAAGCCAUGUUCAUUUGCCUUUCGCAGUACGCUACCUAUUGGAAGUAUGCACAAGUAAUGGUUAUCUCUCCGAGUUCACCAUGCCACGUGAGUUCGCUUUGAAGUUGGCUGAACUGGAGGAGGUCCAGGCAAGAAAGCUUCUUGAACAUGUCGCUCUCCAGAAGAAAACAUACUACAAUCCGAUGGAAAUUUUUGAUAUCAAGUUUGUCAAAGGGGCGACAGUAGGAAAGAUACCAUCCUACUGCUGCCACAUGCGUUCUGCAAGAAUCACCCCUAGUACGGUUUACUACAAUGUGCCUUCUGUCGACAUCUCGAAUCGCGUUAUUAGACAUUACGUUCACCUUGCUGACAACUUCCUUCGAGUCAGAUUCACAGAUGAAAAACACAUGGGUCGGAUCAAUGCUACUGCUGAUGAUACCAUGGACGAGGUGUUUACCCGCGUCAAAAGAGCGUUGGCGAACGGUAUCACUAUUGGAAGCACACGUUACGAGUUUCUCGCCUUUGGAAACUCCCAGUUCCGUGAGCAUGGCGCGUACUUUUUUGCCCCAAAGGACGGUGUAACUGCCGCUAGUAUUCGCGCCUGGAUGGGACAAUUCAGUCACAUCAGAAACAUUGCUAAGUAUGCCGCUAGGCUAGGGCAGUGCUUCUCUACCACCCGAGCCUUCUCCGGGUGCACCGCACAUGUCAAGAAAAUCAACGAUGUUGAGCGGAAUGGUUAUACCUUCUCAGAUGGCGUCGGUAAGAUAUCAAAGUUUCUUGCCCAGAUGGCGGCGUCGGAGCUCAAAAUCAAGACGCCUACCAAGGAACCACCCUCUGCCUAUCAAUUUCGCCUUGGAGGCUGUAAAGGAAUGCUCAUUGUCUCUCCGGAAGCUCAACGUCAGGAGGUACAUAUUCGGAAGAGUCAAUACAAGUUUCCGGCUCUGUCUCAAGGGUUGGAAAUCAUUCGCUGGUCCCAGUUUACUAUCGCAACCCUCAAUAGACAGCUAAUUCUUGUACUUUCCACUCUCGGGGUUACUGACAGCAUGUUCCAUCGGAAGCUCAGAACAAUGCUGAGAAGUCUGGACGAAGCAAUGGAAAGUGACCCAAAGGCAGUCUAUCUACUCAGGAAAUAUGUGGAUCCUAGGCAAGUCACCCUGACCGUUAGUCAAAUGGUUCUCGACGGCUUUAGAAAGUCAAACGAGCCGUUCGUGACUUCCCUUUUUACUUUAUGGAGGGUAUGGCACCUAAAAUAUCUGAAAGAAAAGGCAAGGAUAGCCAUCGAUGAAGGUGCAUGUCUCUUGGGUUGUAUGGACGAGACUGCAACACUUAAAGGGUACUUCACCGAUCGGAUACCCAAGAAAGAUGCUUCCCUCGAGGAGAAGAUUGCAGCCCUGCCAGAGAUAUUCGUGCAGAUAUACAUUGACGACAAGUACAAGAUAGUUGAAGGACUAUGUAUCCUGGCUCGCAACCCUUCUCUUCAUCCUGGCGACAUUCGUGUGGUUAGGGCUGUCAACGCUCCAAGCCUGCACCAUCUCAAGGACGUAGUUGUCUUGCCACAGACUGGCGACCGCGACGUUGCAAGCAUGUGCUCCGGUGGUGACCUUGAUGGAGACGACUACCUUGUAAUUUGGGACGAGGAUCUUCUGCCGGGCGAUUGGUUUCGCGAACCCAUGAAGUACGAUAGCGAGAAAGCUCAUGAGCUCGACCAUGAUGUUACGGUCAACGAAGUCACAUCGUUUUUUGUCACUUACAUGAAAAACGACUGUCUUCCCACAAUUGCCCAUGCACAUCUCGCAUGGGGAGACUACCUUGACGGUGGCGUCAACGAAUCAAAAUGCGUACAGCUUGCCCAACUUCACUCGAAUGCGGUUGACUACAACAAGACAGGCAAUCCGGCUGUGAUGACCCGGGCUUUACGGCCCCGUAAAUGGCCUCAUUUCAUGGAGAAGAUCCACAAGCCUGAGCACACCAAGUACCGCUCGCGGAAAGUCCUUGGCCAGCUCUACGAUGCCGUAGAACGUGUUGACUUUGUCCCAAACCUUGAAAUGGAUUUCGAUAAACGAAUUUUAGACUGCAAUAUCGAAGUGCCUGAUGAUAUGUACGACUUUGCCAGAAGCCUCAAGGACGAAUACGACAUUGCUAUUCGUCGGAUCAUGGCACAGCAUGAGAUCAAGACGGAGUUCGAGGUGUGGUCCACGUUCGUCCUCAGCCACUCUAGGAUAGACAGGGACUACAAGUUUCACGAGACUAUCGGCGACGUGUCUUUGUCGCUGCAAGAAAGCUUCAAGAAGCGAGCAGUUGACAAAGUUGGCGGUCGGACAUUCGCAGUUCUCGCUCCCAUCGUCGUCGCUAUGUAUCGCGUCACCCACAAGGAGAUGGCUGCAGCACUGGCAAAGCAUCGGGAGGAGAGCCAGGGAGAGCCAGCGGCUCCAAAGAUAGAACAGCUGCCUUUGAUUAGCUUCCCAUGGAUAUUCCCGAAAAUCCUUGGCCAAAUCGCCGUGGGCCAUUACGAAUACUCAGACUCUACCAAUGCUCUCUCAACGAAGCCGUUCCUCGAACGACCCACGGGACACCAGAUUGGCGAAGCAGAGCUCGAUGCAUUCUUGAAGGAAGACGAUACGACCAAGCAGAGCGACCAAGCACCCAAUACACCCGGAAGUCCGCAAGGCGAUGAUCCCUUUGGUCUCGACCUACAUGAUAACGCUGACGCUACAACCGUCGCCAGCAACAAUAUGCCCUCCAGUGAGUGCAACAUUGAGUCGCUAGAGCAACUUCUCGGCUUCGGACCCCUGAAUGCCUCGAGUACGCCAUCCUCAUCGGUGAUAGUUCCCUCUGUUUCGGUCAAGGAAGGCACACUACUGGAUUUCGACCGCGACUUUUCCGCAGGCGGAUGGAACGCUGACCCUAAGGAAGCCACUUCGGAUCUAAUGGAGAACCAGUCUGCGCAGCAAGGGUGUGGCGAGCAGAAUGGCUUCCGUUUGAGCCCGUUGCUAGACAACGCUAUGACAGACUUUAAUGAGCAAGCGAGCGACAAGGGAAAGGAUUUCCCUCUGAGCCCGUUAACGUUUGAUGCUGCGCCAGGCUUGACGAAGCAGCCAGUGCAACAAGCGAGCGACAAGCGGGAUGGCUUCUCUCUGAGCCCGCUGACAGUCAAUACUGCAGCCGGCUUGAAGGAAAACCAGCCCACGGGCAAAGCAAAUGACAUCCAAAGUCGGGUGGUUGAGAUGGUGGAGGAGGAGUCUGAUGGAGGCGAAGAUCCCCUUGGUCUUGAUAAGCUGAACGAGCUGGCCGGUCUCUAG